GGUCUGGAUCUGUGUCUGUGUCUGGUUCUGGUUCUGGGCUUGGGCCGGGGCCGGGGCCGCACCUCUAAAAACGGUUUUCACCGCAGCUUGACAGCGAAAAAGGCAGCAGCGGCAAACAAACCACAGGAUACACGGCGCUGGUCCUGCUAGUGGCACCAACAGUGGUGAGAACGAGGGCGGUGCCGGUACCAGGAUGGUUCUACUGGAACAAGGGGCAGUCGCUGCACAGCCAAGGGGUUCAACUAUUAGAUACCCGCUAAUAAGCAGCGACUAAAUGGUGGAAUCUAACUGAUUGGCUGUCACACAUUGGGAGCACGGACUAUGUCUAGGACUAUGCAAAACAUUAUGUACUUCCAGACAGUAGAUGGACGUUUAGCGAAACAAUAUAACCUGCUGGAGCUGGGAGUGCAGGGUAUGUAAAUGGAAUGGCACGCCGUGAACACUCCUUAAUUAAUUUCCAUGCGAAUGCGGGCGCCAUAAGCGGGAAAGGCGCCGCAGGAUGUGUCCAGAGCGGGGCCACUGGAGCUAUGCAAACUUAUGGUGUAGGAGGACGUUGGCACUGGCCCCCGCCUUUGGCAAGUGUCAGUCGGUUUUCGCGCUCGAAGCUAACCAGUUUGGCCGGCGACGUCUGCAGAAACGGCAUCGGCGUGGACAGGAACGAUGGGCAACAAAGUCGUGACAUUCACCGAGCAGCAGCUGGAUGACUACCAGGAUUGCACGUUCUUCACGCGCAAGGAGAUUCUACGCGUCCACAAACGGUUUCGUGAGCUACGUCCGGACUUGGUACCCCGCCAAAUGACUGAGGGUCAGGCCUCAAGUGUCAAGGUUCCCUGCGAGUGCAUUGAGAAGAUGCCCGAGUUGCGUGAGAAUCCCUUUCGACGUCGCAUCUGCGAGGCCUUCUCACGCGAUGGCCAGGGCAAUCUGUCGUUUGAGGACUUUCUGGACGCUCUCUCUGUCUUCAGCGAGCAGGCGCCAAGGGACAUUAAAGUUUUCUACGCUUUCAAAAUUUAUGAUUUCGAUCAGGACGGCUUCAUUGGGCACGCCGACCUCAUGUCCUGCCUGACGACAAUGACCAAGAACGAACUGAGUCCGGAGGAGCACCAGCAGAUUGCGGACAAGGUAAUCGAGGAGGCCGACGUCGAUGGCGAUGGCAAGCUAUCAAUUUUGGAGUUCGAGCAUGUCAUCCUCCGUGCCCCCGACUUCCUCUCCACCUUUCACAUCAGAAUAUAAAAUUGCCGCUCGUUUGUACUUGUUUUAUUAAAUUGUUUAUGUCUGAGCAUAUCGCAUAAAACUGCCAUCAGUGUGAUUAAGUUGGGUCCAUGGCUGCAGGCUCCACCCCAGUCCGGCAGUCAGGCAGUCAGGCAGCAGGCAGCGGGCUCCAUGGGCCAAUUGUCGUGACAAUAUGCAUGUCAAAUGUCAUGCGAGCAUUAUAAAAUUUAUAAGCCCAUGUAUGCAGUCGGAUCGAAUUCUGGUGUGGUCUGCACUGCUCUUUACUGCUCAGCGCUCUGACCCCAAUCGAGCAGACUGGCCCCGUGUCAUUGCCAAUGGACAAAUGCCGUUCUGCCCUCUUGCCACACACACAUGAAGCCACACACACACACGGAGAGUCUGUGUGUGCACUGUCAGAGUUUUAUCAAUUUUGCCAAUUUUCAGCUUAAACUUGUUUGGCAGUCGAGCAGCUUGCCACCCGAUCCCAUUCAAUUAUUGUAAUUGCAGCACCAUGGACAAAGGGAAGUCUGGCAUGCAUCUUCUGGGUCAGAUUCCGAUAAGGUAAAAUAAUUGCAGCAGAUCGUUGGGACAGUGCCUGAACCAUCAGAGUUCUGGUAUGCCAUGAAAUGAGUGUACUGCUGCUAUGCAAAUCACGUUCAAUAAUUAAUUUAGUUUACUUUUUAAUAAUACGCAUAAUUACAUACAU